GUAGCAUAAUUCGUCAUGAAUUAUCUACCCUUCUUCAUAGUUUCUUUGAUAGCAUACAGCGCUAUAACUAAUGCCGCAACGACGACGGAAAAAGCUUCCGUAACUUCAACAGCGCCAUCAACAACAACUGCAGCUGCUGAAAAAGCUGCUACAACAACAGCAGUGCCUGGAAGGAAAGUAGUUGCAACAACAACAGCGCAUCCAAAAAAAAUAGCUGUACCUAAAGCACCUUCAAAAGCAAAAACCACAACUAAACCUUCAUCGAAGUCACCUACAAAGAAACCUGCAAGAAUGUUAGCCCAACAUCAGUCUCAUCGAAAAUCUGAGUCGCAAAACAUCUACAUCCCCACAGAAUUUGAUAAUUUUAUCAAGAACGAAACGCUUGUUCAAGAAAUUACUGACUGCUUCCUUGACAGAGGUCCUUGCAAUACUGAACGUGGCAAAGCAGUCAAACGAGUAAUUGCGAAGAGCAUAAAAUACCUAUGCUCUCUAUGUACUGAAACGCAACAUUCUGAUGCGAAACGCUAUAUACAGCAUCUCCAACUCCAACACCCGGAAGAUUAUGAUUUGUUUCUCAAAAAAUAUGAUCCCGAGAACAAAAUUCAGCAGUUCAUGCAAGCGGUGCCAGUUAACGCGAAAGACAGCUUGAAGUCAACAGAUAUUAAUAUACUGUUUUUUUGACUCCGGUGAAAUAAAAAAUCAGUAGCUAAAAACAUAAAGCCUUUC